GGCAAGUUGUUCCCUGUCAGCAGACUCGGGGAUCUGGUGCUGAGGAUGCUGGGGACCCUACAACAAGCUGAUCUCUCACUUUGAGACAAUCUAUUCUUCAUUCUUCUCUCUUUUGGAGACGUGUUUAUUCCUCUGACAGAAUGUCUGUGUUCAGUCUAAGGAUGCGUUGUGGAUUGCUAUUGUUCCUUUUCACCCAAGUCGUCGUGGUGUCUCCGUUGGCUCAGACGGAUAAAUGUGGGGGGAACAUAGAGAUCCAGGCCGCGGACUACCUGACCUCCCCGGGCUACCCAGGCGCGUACCCGCCCUCCCAGCAGUGCGUGUGGGUGAUAACAGCCCCGGAGCAGGGCCAGAAGAUCCUCAUCAACUUCAAUCCGCAUUUUGAUCUGGAGGACAGAGACUGCAAGUACGACUACGUGGAGGUCUACAACGGCGGUGACGAGAUCUCGCCCAUGUUGGGAAAGUUCUGCGGGAAGAUCGCACCGUCUCCCAUCAUCUCCAGCGGCAGCCAGCUCCUCAUCAAGUUCGUCUCUGACUACGAGACUCACGGGGCGGGAUUCUCUGUUCGCUACGAGGUCUUCAAGACAGGUCCAGAAUGUUCCAGGAACUUUACGGCUCCCAGAGGGGUCAUCAAGACGCCGGGCUUCCCUGAGAAGUACCCCCACAACCUGGACUGCACCUUCAUGAUCUUCGCCCCCAAGAUGUCCGAGAUCAUGGUGGAGUUCGACAGCUUCGACAUGGAGCCCGACACCACGCCGCCGCCGGGCGCCCUCUGCCGAUACGACUGGCUGGAGAUCUGGGACGGCUUCCCCGCAGUGGGUCCUCACAUUGGCCGGUACUGUGGCCAGACGUCCCCGGGCCGUGUGAUCUCCUACACGGGCAUCCUGUCCAUGACCAUCACCACGGACAACGCCAUCGCCAAAGAGGGAUUCUCCGCCAACUACACCAUCCGCGAGAGGAUUCUUCCUCCGGGACACGAAGACGAGGACUUUGCUUGCAUGGAGGCUCUGGGCAUGGAGUCGGGGGAAAUUACCUCGGAGCAGAUCAGCGCCUCGUCCCAGUAUAACUUGAACUGGUCCCCAGAACGCUCGCGCCUCAACUACCAGGAGAACGGCUGGACGCCAUCCGACGACACCGUCAAGGAGUGGAUACAGGUGGACUUGGGAUUUCUCCGAUUCGUCACAGCCGUCGGGACGCAGGGAGCGAUCUCAAAGGAGACCAAGAAGCAUUAUUACGUUCGCUCGUACAAAGUGGACCUGAGCUCCAACGGAGAGGACUGGAUCACCGUGAAGGAGGGCUCAAAGCAGAAGAUCUUCCAGGGGAACCACAACCCGACAGACGAGGCUCGCUCCUUCCUCCCCAAACAGACUCUGGCUCGCUACAUCCGCGUCCGCCCCAUGUCCUGGGAGCAAGGCAUCUGCAUGCGCUUUGAGAUCUACGGCUGCAGAACGUCAGACUAUCCCUGCUCGGGGAUGCUGGGGAUGGUGUCCGGUCAGAUCUCAGAUGCUCAGAUCGGCGCCUCGUCGUACGCCGACCGAGGCUGGGUGGCGGAGAACGCCCGAUUGUUGACGGGGAGAUCGGGCUGGACCGGUCAGCAAACCAAGCAGCCCUUCAGAAACGAGUGGCUGCAGGUGGAUCUGGGCCAGGACAAGAUGGUGAGCGGCGUGGUGAUCCAGGGAGGGAAACACCGCGACAGGAACGUCUUCAUGAAGAGGUUCAAGGUGGGACACAGCCUGGACGGAGUGGAGUGGACCGUCAUCAAGGAGGACAACACCACCAAGCCCAAGAUAUUCAUCGGGAAUCAGAACCACGACACCCCUGAGCUGAGGUCGAUGGGUCCCCUCCUGACCCGCUUCGUCAGGAUCUACCCGGAGAGAGCCACCAACGAGGGCCUGGGCCUCCGUCUGGAGCUGCUGGGCUGCGAACUGGACAACAUCACGACCACAGCUCCUCCCACCACGCCCAUCGCCUCUACGCUUCCCAUGACCACGUUCGGAGCGACCACCACGGCGCCGACCACCGUCCCCGGGACAACGACCCUGGUACCGGACUGCGAGGAAGGACAACAGGACUGUGGCGGCGAGACCGAGGCUCCCUAUGACUACGACACAGUGACGGCAGGAGGCACCACAGCGGCCGACCCCAUCAUGGACUUCAUACCAGCGUACGUGUGGUUCGCCUGCAACUUUGACUUCUCGUCGUUCUGCGGCUGGACCAGGGAGACCGGGACGGGGGCCGAGUGGCUCAUCCAGACCAACGGGGCUCCUGCCGUCCACCGAGGGCCGACCCUGGACCACACAGGUGGACCGGGGAACUUCAUCUACAUGCAACUGGGGGACACGGACCCACCGAGCAAAACGGGUGAGGACGAGGGUGAGGAGGAGAAGGUGGCCAGCCUGGCCAGCCUGCCCAUCACGUCGACCGACGCCGACCUCUGCAUGUCCUUCUGGUACCACAUGUUUGGGGAACACGCAGGGGCGCUCCACAUCAAGCAGAGGAAGGAGGUGGAGGGGGGCCAGAUCCUGUGGAUGGUCAGCGGCCACCAGGGCAGCAGGUGGAGGGAGGGUCGAGUCCCACUGCCUCACUCCAGCGUCUCAUAUCAGGUGGUGGUGGAAGGCUUAGCGGACAGACGCAGUGCAGGUCACAUAGCCGUGGACAACAUCCAGAUCAUAGAUGGAGUCAACGCUGAGGACUGCAAGGAUCCAGAAGGUCCUACGUCUCCGCCAACUGAGAUCUUCAUCAUGCCGAUGGACUCCUUCUCUCAGGAGACCAGCGAGCUGGGAGGCCCGGGCAACAUGCUGAAGACCCUGGACCCCAUCCUCAUCACCAUCAUCGCCAUGUCGGCGUUGGGCGUCUUCCUGGGCGCCAUCUGUGGCGUCGUGCUGUACUGCGCCUGCUCGCAGGGCAGCAUGACGGACAGGAACUUAUCAGCCCUGGAGAACUAUAACUUUGAGCUGGUGGACGGCGUGAAGCUAAAGAAGGACAAGAUGAACGGACAGACUAACUACUCAGAGGCGUGAGGCGGGUGGGGUGUGGGGGGGUAAGAGAGGGACGGAGCUGUUAAUUGCUCCGCGUGGACUCGUGAAGCAGCCAAUCAAGUGGGAGGAACAACCACCGACGGGACGGCAGGGUGGGCUGAAAGUGAGCCAAUGUCAUUUAGUUUUUUCUCAGGAGCUGCAGUGGAAGGGACUGACCUGUAGGGGGCACUGUGUAUAAAGAACCUGUACAGCGGAGAGAGAAAAAAAAACAAAAAAGAAGAAAACUAAGGAUUCUAUUUGUUGUUUUUUUGGCGUGUUUUGUUGAUUUCAUGUGAUCACAUGCUGGUGUUGAGACCAAUUCAGAUGAAAGUUUGUGUACUUUAAUGGAAAGAUUAUUUUUGCUUUGUUUAUUUCUAUUUUUAUUAUGUUUUUAUGGUUUUUUUCAGAGUAUAUGUGGACUUUGCUGUUCUGAUUUCUGGCUCUCUAACUGACCGUGUGAGUGUGAAAGUGUGUUUGUACAUGUGUCACUUUCAUAUACAUCUGCAUUCAGUGGAGCUGUAGGGGUCGUAUGUGUGCAUCACACUCAUGUAUGUGUGUGUGUGUGUGUGGGUGAAGGCGGGGCAUCAUCGUGACCCCGUUGACCUGUGUCUAGUUCCAACAGUGCCUUUUAUUUUUAUUUUCCUCCAGCUUUUUUGUUGCCUUGUUUUUCUGCUGGUUGUUCUCUCAUCAGCUGGUGUUCCGUCCGUCCGUCCGUCCGUCCAGGGUUCCUACACAAGAACUUUCAGCAGAUUGUGAUGAUACGACUACACAUGUUUGUGUCGUAGUAGCGUGCUGUCAAGUACCACAUGUGUCGGUGUAGAUCUGAGGUUCUGACACACGUUAGAAAUGUUUUAAAAAUCCAAGUAAAGCAGGUUUAGGUUUCUGGAGUUUCAGAAUGGAAAAAAAAUGUGCAGGAGCCCUGAAUGCCUCAUGUUCAUGGCACAUGACACAUCCGACAUAUUGUACAUAGGUUUUAAUAUAUUUGAGCGCCUUUUUCUAUAUAGAAAAAAAGACACCAGUGCCGCAGUAUCCUUUCUAUGUUGGAAUCAAACUCGCCCUGAACUCUAAAAUGUACAGAAAGUAUUCGUUUUUAUCACACGGAAACACAAACAUGUUUCUUUGUGUUUCUUUGUGUUUCUUUUGAUCUGGUGGCCAUUUUGUUUUUAUUGUUGUUUAGUUUCUGUUUGUGCUCUGGGAACAGUUUACAACGAUGGAAACGGCUUUGAGAUUAUGGAGAGACGCCUCAGAAAUGCCUCAUGGGAAGUGCUGUUCUUGUACAGGGUAAAACGGACAACCUCAGUACCGCCAAGACGAUGACAGAACGUCAAGGAUGGAUCAUCGGGAUUGAAAUACUUUUCACUGCUAAUGUUUCUCGCCGGCACACAAAGUGACUGUUGGACAUUUUACCUGAAGUGUGUCCAGCCAUCAGAGAGACGUCCAUCAACAUCUUUAAUGGAGCUGACAGGAUGUGGACGCUUCAGUCAGGACUGAAAGACUAAGAAUUAAUGUUUGCCAUGACAAUGCUGUGUUUUUUCCCCCCGGUGUCGACUAUCAGAGGAGGAAUCUUUGAAGGAUCUAAAUGAUGUUAAACAACCCCAAACAGGUGGCUGACUAAACCUUAUCACACCGUCCAAUUCUUGCCUCACACGUCCAUUUCUCUCCAGUUAAAGGGGCUAAAUUAAGAAUCCUAAAAAUGUACGUUCCAAUACAAAAAAACUGCACUGUGAAUUACAAGGGAAACGUAUUUUGACUGCUGGUGGUGUCCCGUUUGAACCAAGUACUUUUGUUUUGGUUUUGUUUGGUUAGGUUUUUUACUAAACCUAGUUUUGUCAAAAUACAUUGUAGCAUUUUUGUUUUGUUUUGUUUUUCAAUUUUCAACGUUAACCGCGUGUUGCAACAUGAUUCAAACUGUUUCAAACUAUGACAGUUAAUGACGGUAGAAGAUACGUUUCCCUCGUAACAUAAUUGAGAGUGCAGUGCAACGAAAUUUUGAAGGAGACAGGGUUAAAAUAACAAACACAGUUAAGUAACAUUUUCAUUAAAAAGAUGAGUUUACAAGCUAAUCAGAGCAGAGACCCAACAGAAAUGCCUCUUCAACUAACAAUAGGGCUCAUUAUUUUUAUUUUUUCACUUGAGAAAAAUACUGAAAAUUGAAUUUAAAAAAAGGUUAUUAGCAGUGAAAUCACUGUUUGUUCUGAGUGAUUCUGCUGCAGCUUAUUUGGGAUUUUAUUCCUUAGUCCACAUUGCAAACGUUCCUCAUGUAACUGUAAUCUACAGCGAUCAGAGCAUUCGUACAGCAGGGAUUGAAAAUGAGAUCAAACUGGUUCAUUUUUAAAAACAUGGUUAAAAUCUGAAAACAAAUAUUGUCCUAAUAAAACUGCUUUGUUGUGUUUUUUAGCUUUUGGUAGCUAAAUGUGUUGUGAUCCUCGUCACUUGUUCAUAGCACUGUUUGAGUCUUGAAAGCCAGAAAAAUCACCAGUCAAUAACCCUCGUCAACCUCCAACAGAUGUUUAUUGUUCACUCUGAGAUAAUAAACAGGACUUUAUGCCGACAGAUACUUUACUCACAAAGAUUAAAAAGCCAUUACGCAGGCGUGAUAGUUUGACAUGUGGCCGCUGGCAGAACAAGGUUGUUUCCAACGUGGUGUUAAAUUCAAUCUGCUCAUUUUUUAACUUAGCAUUAUUUGGCAUCGUUUGAGCUCAAUAUGUGAAGUGAAGGCUGUUCAUCAAUUCUUUAGAGACACUGUUGCAAAGGAAAUCACCUAAAUCCGUUUUAAAUUCAAUCAUUGUCUGGUCGCAGUGACAUUUCCAAUCAAAUGAAGGUGCUCUGACUGUUGAGAUGUCUAUUAUAAGCUCUCUAGAGCCACACAGGUUCAAAUAUAUCAAAUAUGUUUACAGCAAAAGGCAAGAUUAUGGGUAUCAUAAUGUCAUUUCAGUCUGACAGAAUGUGUUUCAAUAAAGCUCCUUCCCCUUCAAACAAGAAAGGAUGCUGCAGCACUAGAUGUGAAAACAAAUGUUGCACUGAUAUAUUUAAAAAGAAAAAAAGAAUCUGUGUUUAUGAUGUUGAUUUAUGAAAAGAGAGAGAGAUGGAAAAGGAGAGGACAGUGUUAUUGUUGCUUCUUUUUAAUACAGUUUCAGAUGACAAUGUUAUAACUCUGUAAAGUACAAUUUACGGAGAUGUUUUUUUCAAUCUGGAAAAAGCUUAUAUGCGUCUCUUUGAAACGUAACAAUUUUAUUUACUUGGUAUAAUAUCACCUUGUUUUUGUACUGUCACUGAUGUACGUUUUAUUAUUUGUUUUCUUUGUAUGACAAGAAGAAAUGUUUUUUUUCUAACUGCUUCUGUAAUUUUUUUUUGCUGUCUCAGAUCCAGAAAAAAAACGAGAAAGGAAAUAAGGAAGUAAAAAAAAACAAAUGGAAAAGCAGUGAGGCCUUAAGUGACUAAAAGUAUUGUUUGUACUUUGACUUUCUGGUCAGCACCCUGACUCAUCCGUCUCUGUUGUCUCGGACUCUGAUCAUUGACUAUUACAUUCCAAAGAAUUGGAUCAAAUAAAUGUUUUAAGUAAAAGCCGCUCUGCUGUUUCUGUCCUACCUCAGAAAGGGAAUAAGUUGUUUUACUGGGUCAGUUCGCCCAGAACACAAACCUCUACUGGUUUCUAGUAACGGAGAUAGUUUGGGUUUCAUUUGCUUUCAGUGAAGCUAUGUUUUAUUGAAGAAAUAGGCCCUUUGUUCUUUUAA